UGGCCGGAAAAAGACAAUGGUUUCCAUGUCAGCGGGUAAACGCGCUCCCCUUAGCUGCUGCAAGAGAGGGCGGAGGUAGUAGUGAGUGUAUGCAGAGGAGCGAGGAAGCUACUAAGGGAGCUGGUGACUGACAGAGCAAGAGCCAUGCUGCGCCGGGGUCUAGUGGCUGGGCCAGAGUUUGAGUAUUUCCAGCGUCGCUAUUUCACGCCGGCAGAGGUUGCCCAACAUAACCAACCCGAAGACCUCUGGGUGUCUUACCUGGGACACGUGUACGACCUAACGCCACUGGCAGAGGAAUAUAAGGGGAAUGUGCUGCUGAAACCUAUCGUGGAAGUUGCAGGUCAGGACAUCAGCCACUGGUUUGAUCCUAAGACCAAAGAUAUCCGUAAGCACAUAGAUCCGCUGACUGGCUGUCUGAGGUACUGCACCCCGCGGGGCCGCUUUGUGCACGUUCCGCCUCAGCUGCCCCGUUCGGACUGGGCCAAUGAUUUCGGGAAGCCCUGGUGGCAGGGGUAUUACGAGGUGGGGCGGCUGUCGGCCAAGACCCGGACCAUCCGCAUCAUUAAUACGCUCACGUCACAGGAGCACAAACUGGAGGUGGGGACCCUGGAGUCAAUGUGGGAAAUCCUACACCGGUAUCUCCCCUAUAACGCACAUGCUGCCAGCUACACAUGGAAAUAUGAAGGGAAGAACCUGAACAUGGAUCAUACCCUAGAAGAGAAUGGGAUCCGGGAUGAGGAGGAAGAAUUUGACUUUCUCAAUAUGGAUGGUGCACUCCACACACCUGCAAUACUGCUGUAUUUCAAUGAUGACCUCACAGAACUAUAGGAAAGGAGAUGUAUGCUCAUAUAUAUUUAAAGCAUA